AUGUCGCAGGCUACCUCGAAACGCGAAAAGAAGAGAGUCCAAGAUCGAAAUGCACAACGCGCUGCUCGCCAACGCACCAGAGACCGACUGGCCCUGCUGGAGCUCCAAGUCUCGCAGCUGCAAGGCGGCGCAGACAAGGCACUUUCGGAUGAGCUCAGACAGAUGCGCAAAGAGCGCGACGAGUUGCGCACACUGGCCGAUCAUUUAGUUACUAUCGCUGAAGCGAUGAAACUAAAAUUGAAUUCCAAUGACGAUGAAGCCGCCCAGGCUGGUACAGAAGAAGGACACACUGAACCGGAUCCUGGUCUAAUUAGUCGAAUCUUCCUCGACUACGAAGACCUGAAGACGGUCGACUCCACGCCAUUUUCACCGCUCUGUGACACGCACAUCAUAGUACAUGGAGUAUUAAAUGGCUGGGAUGAUCCUGUUAGCGAGAAUGAGGAACCGAUACAGCGCCUCUUGGCUCACUUGCAUCGCCGGUUCAUGCUCUUGCGACCAUUGGCAAGGCCGAUAGACCAGCUGGCCUUGCUGUACCUUGUUCAAAGGGCGUUCUUGUCUUUGCUCACGCAACAUAGCGGGUGCCAUUUAUAUGCGUCACAGAUUCCAGGCUGGCUACGACCAACGCCACAACUACGCUCCCACUUGCUCUCUACCCAAUCAGAAAAUGCCAUAGUUACCCAUAACGAAGCAUGCGAGACAUUUGCGAUGGAUGCGCUUCGCGACAUGUACUUUUCCCCGGCGCUGAAAUUCGAAGACGCAUACGAAAUCAGCCUUGACCGCAGACUAGCCGUUAGUCCGCAAUUUCGACAACAUUUUGCUCCGACUUCUGUCUCGUGUCCUUUCGCUGUCGGAUCGGACUUUCUCAUCGCACAUCCUGAUCUCCGAGGUUUCGUUCCUGAGUUUGUCAAGGACACAAUUAGUAGACCACAACAUUGUACUGAGAGGAUUUCCGAAUUGGCAAGUCUAUCGCCUUUUAACCAGCCGUGCUUACUCCUAGAGAAAGAUCUUGGAAUCCCCAAGCUCCCUUCAUCGCAGGAUAAGCCAUCGUCUCAAGGUUUAUGUGGGUCGGAAGAUGCGAACUUGUGCCAUCAAGUUCAGCCAUUGAACCUGAUGGACCCGACCGAAGGCGACUUCGGUGGCGAGCCGAGUAGCUAUUGGCAUGACUCCGUUGAGCUAAUGGGCUAUGAUGACAUCGAUGCAACUUGGCUUCUGAGAUCGACUGUCACGGCUGAGAGUCACGAUCAACUCAGCGAGGGCCAGCCUAGCUAG